AUGCUUCGCCCCACGUUGUUCUGGGUCGCCUGCCUGCUGUUGGUGCACAGCGCAUACUCCUCAUAUGAACACUUGUCGCACUUGAAGGCAGUUGGUCGACCAGAGGGCGCUCUACCACUAGACAUUGCGGCUGAGGCCCUACUUGCGAUGGUACUCGGGAUAGUAGGCGCCUGCCUCAAAGCGCCACAGUCCAAAGAUAUCACUUGGGCAGGAGAGAUGAAGACUCGAUCCAUCGAUGAUGCCGACUCGCGGCUCACUUUCGCAAACUACACGACACGCGGACGCGUGCUAACGCAGAAGAGCUAG